AUGGGUAUACUUAUGGAAACCACCGAAGCGAAACUGGGCAGUACCGGUUGCCGGAGACGUCGUAUGCAUCCGGAACUAUUCGGCGCCAUGGGAGCUCCUGGCGAAUUCUACACUGACACCCUCCACACAAUCGCUAUCAAUACCAGGGAAACAGAAUUCGGCAGCAUCGUUGAGCCCAUACCGAUAACGCUCAAAGCUUAUAAACAUUUCGAAGCUCACGGACACGCUAUCAAUGGCAAUGGGUUAGCGCAGCAGCAAACAAAAACAUCCGUUGUCGUUGCACCUCGUAUGCCCGAGUUUCCCUCUACUUCGAAUUUCAAACCUAUUUUGGUUAAAGAAGAGACCAAAGAUGAACAAAAGAUUGCUUGCCCACCACCUAAGAAGAAGUGGAUAAAAGAAUAUUUAGAGGAGGAACCAAAGUCACCAUUGUCAGUACGAGUGGUGACAGGACUGACGGGUCUACCGGUGACGACGCGCAGCAAUGGCGUGGUUCGUCCAACGUCGCCGGUGCCGGUGGCGCUCCCCUGCGCCGCCGUACCUUCACCCGCGGCGUCUGCCGUUACGCUCGAACCGGUGCCUACGGCGGCUGCCCCUCCCCCUGCGCCACUUCUCGAUUUCGCACAAGAACAUUCCAGGCCGCGGACGACAAGUAACAGUCAUGGGCCACCUCAAAUUCCAUCCCCUCCAUCAGUUAGCAAUGGUAGCGGCAGUGGCAGCAGUAUCAAUGGGAAUAGUAGUGGCAGUGGAGGAAGCAGUGGUAGUGCCCCUCGGGCUGGUACCAGGGAGGUCCACAACAAAUUGGAGAAAAAUCGCCGAGCACACUUAAAGGAGUGCUUUGAACUACUCAAGCGGCAACUUCCUGCCACACCAGAAGACAAGAAAACAUCAAAUCUAUCUAUUCUAGCCUCUGCUAUUAGGUAUAUUCAGGUGCUUAGACGUAAGGAACGCGAUUGCGAGCACGAGAUGGAACGGCUAGCUCGCGAAAAGAUCGCAGCGCAACAAAGGCUAUCCGCCUUAAAAAGAGAGAUCUCCGUCCGAGCUACUGUGCGUCCUCGGAGUAUCGAUUCUGUGUCCGAGGACAAAGACAGAGAAGAUACUGUAAACGGCCAAGUUUUGGGAAUCCCUUUGAGUAUAUCAGCCUCCCCGCCCCGUUCCAUUCCAAGAAUGGAAACAUCACCUCCCCGAACUUUAAAUCUAAGCACGAAGUUACGUACGCUCCCUAUUCAAAUAACACCCACCACCUCGCAGGUUGUCCGGACGUCGUACGGCACCAGACCUAACACGUUAACACUGACCACCCUGGCAUCCGCCGACCAUUCCACACAAAUAGUGGAGAACGGUGUGACAAACCCUCUAAGCACUACGUUAGUACAUCCAGCACAAAUACAUCUGCCCAUUUCCCAGAUGGUCAACGGCAGCGGGUUAGUUGUGGGUCCAGCGGCCUUGCAGUUAUUAUCUACCAGCAGCGGACUGAGAGUUGUACAAGCACCUGUACAUACCAACGGUGUAACCACUUCAGCGGAGAGCAUCAGGAUACCUAAAGAAAACGGAAUCGUAUCACCUAAGCCGGCUUCCACGACAGAUGGGAGUGUAAUGGUGAGUGGUCUGACUCCAUUGGUCGUUUCACAACCUGCGGCACAUUUGCUCCAAACGCACACGCUCACACACAAGAUGGUGGAAACGCAAGUGGUAAAGGGGAGCGUGGCCCCUCUGACGGUGAGCGCGCAGUACCUCAGCGCCACGACGAUCGUGAAGCCCGUGGUGGUGGUGUCGGCGGCGGGCCCGAGCCAGCCGCCCACGUGA